AAAUAUUAAAGAAUAUAAACCUGGAUUGUUUUCUUUUUUCAUGCACUUGAUUUUUCUGUAAUUUCAGUUCUAGCAUUCAUUUGAGAUUCAAGCUUAUGACUGAUAUCACUCCAUCUCAUAUCGGCAUUUUCCCCCCUCUCUUUAUAUAAAUUUUUUGUAUUUUGCAGAAAUUUAUGCAUAUAUAUUUAUUGAAAUUGAAAUUAUUAAUUUUCUGUGUGUAAUAGAGUUUGAUCCAUUGGUGAUUUAUGUAUGGUUCUGUGUUUUCUACACUAAUAUGUCAUUACAGAUAGCUACUCAUCUACUUCAAUUUAAUUUUUUGCCCAUUUGAAUGAAAUAAGAAAUUCUUAGGCUACUUGAGAUUGCAUCUGGUAGAUGCUUAGUUCAAGUUGAUGAUGUACAGGGCCGAUUCAUAUAUCAAUUUGUAAUUAAACCUAAUUUAUAUGUAUUGCUGCCUUUUAAUCCUAUAUAUUGGUGCCAACUGCCUGUACUACGAAGUUGUAGAGAGAUGGAGUCCCAGUCCCUCAAGCUUCGCAACAUUUUGGAGUUUCACAAUCUCCCAAUCUCGCCGACUCAUCGGUUCUCACUCCUUGUUCACCCAUGUGAACUCACUUCUCUCCCAUCACUCUUCUCAUCAUCGUCGAAUCCUUCUCACACUCGAAUUCUUCACCAAUUCAGUCGAAUUCAAACAGCCCCUUGUUGCAAAGAACCUGUACAUUUUCCAAUCGACUCGGUGGAAACUUCUUCAAGCCAUGCAUUCCAGUCCGCGUCCAAGGUCGAAGAUGAUGACACCAAUUCGAUGCCCUCUGACAUUGGCUUGAUUCAACGUGCUGCGUGGAUUGGUUUGACUACCAUCAUGAGCAAGAUUCUGAGAUUAAUUAGGGAGAUUAUCGUGGCUUCAGUUUUCGGCAUAGGUUCAGUGGCAACUGCAUUCAAGUAACCACGCUUUUCUUUAAUCAUAUUUCAUGUAAAUACUU